CUCGCCCCUCCCGCUGCGUUCGCCGGCCUCGCGCUCAAACCACGCCUUAUAGCGUCUGUAGGCGGGGUCGUCGUUGGUGCUUUCCUCCCAAGGGAAGCAGCCGGUCAGCAGGCAGUAGGUGAGGACCCCCAGGGCCCAGCUGUCGAUGGACGGCUCCACCAUCAUCCAAAUAGGCACCUCCUCCUCUCCUGUGUCGUCGCCCUCCUUCACCUUCUCCCCCACCUUGGCGGCCUCCACCUCGGGGGUGCAGAAGGGAGACUCAUACCAGACGGCGUAGAUGCUGGAGCCGAUGGGCCGGGUCAGGCCGAAGUCGCCCAGUUUGACCCAGCGACACGAGCUGUCGCACAGGAAAAUGUUCUCAGGUUUGAUGUCCCGGUGAACAAAGCCCAGGGAGUGGAGGUGGGUCACGGCGCCGCUCAGCUGGGACAUCACCCUCUGCACGCAUUCUUCUUCCAGUCCAACCUAAACACACGUGACACCUCCCUCACUCACGGUGCAAGCAAACAUAAUAGCAAGCGACAAAUAUGGAACACACCACCGUACACGCUACAUGCCGUGCACGUAUCAAUAAAUUGUGCUUCUUGUUGCUCACUCAGCUUCCCUCGAACAGACUUGGCUAGCAAACGCAGAAAAAGGUGGCUUCUCGGCAUUUCCUGAACUUUUUUUUCCCGUUAUGAUGGACUAUCUUAGUAAUAGCGUUUUUCUGAAAUACAUGUUUGAACAAUUUCCACAUGCGAAUACGCUUAUUUGUCCCCCAUCUCUCCUAGGCGGGACUGAAAACAACCGUAUGUGACGUCACGUGAAACCAAGACGUGCCGUAAACAAUGAAACAUGUGAGUGUAAAGGUGACUAUAAGCCUGUUAUUUUGGGGGGCUCGAAUCAUGUUAAAAUCCCACGCUGAAGUUGGCUUCCCGUUCCAUUUAAGGUGCUAUUAACCUAAUGUGUAGUGUGACUGUUUGUGCACUGAUUGUCUGUUUGUUUUUGUGAUACUUGUCAAUGUGAAAACAUUUUAGGUAAGACAUUGCCUUUGCAUGACAUCCACUACUGUGAUUUGUGAAACCUUGAUUCUAUUUGUGAAAAUGCAGUGAAGGCACAUUUUUCUAUUAUUUUCAGCAUCUAACCCUUAUUAGACCUGCUCCACUUUGAAAACCACUAGACCUAGACCUCUCAGAUCUGGGCUGGAUUCAUCUAUAGACCCCCAAGGCUCCUAAAAACACAGCUUCUGAUUUGUGAAACUUUUAUUUUAUUUCUGAAACUGCAAUAAAGGCACAUUUAGACGUUUUUUUUUUACCACCUGGUCCAAAUUAGACCUGGUGCUGUUCAAAUAAUGAAUGUGAAAACAUUUUAGGUAAGACAUUGCCUUUGCCUGACAUCCACUAUUGUGAUUUGUGAAACCUUGAUUCUAUUUGUGAAAAUGCAGUGAAGGCACAUUUUUCUAUUAUUUUCAGCAUCUAACCCUUAUUAGACCUGCUCCACUUUGAAAACCACCAGACCUCGACCUCUCAAAUCUGGACUGGAUUAAUGUACAGAACACAAACGUUCAUAAAACACAGUUUGUGAUUUGUGAAACUUUUAUUUUAUUUGUGAAACUGCCAUAAAGGCACGUUGAGACCUUUUUUACCACCUGGUCGAUAACUGACCUGCUGCUGUUCGAAAAACACUAGAACUAGACUUUUCAAAUCUUGACUGGAUUCAUCUACAGACCCCAAAGGUUCACAAAAACACAGUUUUUGAUUAUCCUAUUUGUGAAAAAACAAUAAAGUUAUAUUUUUAAUGUUUUCAGCCUCUAAACCAUAUUAGACUUGGUUCACUCUGAAAAUCCCAAGGACAGGGGCGCCCAUUACGUUGAUCGCGAGCUACCGGUAGAUCGCUAAGAUAGUUUCGCGUAAACGUAACUUUGUAGUUGUCAUAUGACAUCAGUCAGCUGACAUUAAGCGCCCCUCCUGAUUCGCGCUCGCUCCCCCGCAGCGUUUGAAGCUACACAGGAAGAUGCAACUUUCAUCUUUAUGAUUGUGAUUAUGGACAAACUAACUCUGCGCAUGACCUUUCCGUAGGAUCCCUCUCCCAGGAGCUUGACCACCUGGAAGUGCUCGGACACCUUGAGGCUGGACAUGGCCUGCGCCGUCAGGAAGCAGCGCUCGUGCAGCUCAUCCGCAGCUGCAGCCUGCGUGGAAAAAACAAUGCAGGGCGUGUGGCGGUGUGAUGCGGGGGAAGUGUGAUGCAGUUUGGUGCGCCGUCUCUCUCUUCGGGACCUUGCAGCCGAUCUCCACCCUGGCCAACUGGACAAUGACUGUGCUUCGCCCCCGCGCGGGACUCACUCCACUCCCUCUCUUUUCCUACCCUGGGGGCCAAGUCUGUCUGCAGCUCGCCUGCUGUGCUGCUGGCAAGCGGGCCUGAGGCGAGCGCGAGGCCGUUUUUUGCCCAGUGUCUUUCUUAUGGUGGAGUCAUGAACACUGACCUUAACUGAGUUUUCAUCUCCUGGCGUCUGUGGCUGUCGGGAUCCGAUGUUGCCACGGGAAAAAAAACGAGGCAGCUCUCUGUGAAUGAGUGGUGCGCAGGAGCCCGGCAUCAGCACAAACCAAGAGGAGAGACUCCGAAUUCCAAGUUAUUCUUGUGUAACAGAUUGCAACAGAGGUUCACAGCCCGACGGUUGCCAUGUCGACCUCAUCGCUACGGCGACAAGUGAAGAACAUCGUCCACAACUAUUCUGAGGCUGAAAUCAAGGUUCGAGAGGCAACGUCCAAUGACCCAUGGGGCCCCAGCAGCUCGCUGAUGUCAGAGAUAGCAGAUCUGACUUACAAUGUUGUGGCCUUCUCAGAAAUCAUGAGCAUGGUGUGGAAGCGCCUCAAUGACCACGGCAAGAACUGGAGACACGUGUACAAGGCCAUGACUCUGAUGGAGUAUCUGAUCAAGACGGGUUCAGAACGUGUCGCCCAGCAGUGUCGAGAGAACAUUUAUGCAGUUCAGACCCUCAAGGAUUUCCAGUACAUAGACAGAGAUGGCAAAGACCAGGGUGUGAACGUGCGAGAGAAAGCCAAACAGCUGGUGACCCUGCUGAAAGAUGAAGAGAGACUACGAGAGGAGAGGAUUCACGCCCUCAAAACCAAAGAGAAGAUGGCACAGACGUCCAGUGCUUCUUCGGCGCCCUCAGCACCCAACCUGGGGGGCAACCUGUCACUGGCCUCCCACUCCGGAGGGGCCGACCCUGAGCAGGCGUGGCCGCAGAGCUCCGGAGAGGAAGACCUGCAACUCCAGUUGGCUUUGGCCAUGAGUAAAGAAGAAGCAGAGCAGACGAGCGCGGACCCUCUGGAGGACGCAGAGCUGUGCUAUGCAAUCACACUCAGCAAAGAGAUGCUCCAAAAGGAGGAGCGACUGCGCAGAGGCGAUGACUUGCGGCUGCAGAUGGCCAUCGAGGAGAGCAAGAGGGAGAAGGCCAAGCCAGAGGAGAGUGCUCUCAUGGAGCUGAGUGCAGUGGACCCCUGGGGGGCUCCUGCUACUGCCACCACCACUCCUGCCAUCCCCACCGUAGGCUCUGCCGGCCCUUCCCCUCCGCCAACCCUUCCUAUUGCCGCAUCAGGCCCGUGGGGCACAACUUCCACAGAUCCAUGGGGAGUCGCCUCACCAACAUCCCCUACCAGCUCCGACCCCUGGGGUGGAGGGCCUCCACCGCCCACUAAACCCCCGCCUCCCGACCCUUGGGCUGAGACGUCCAACAGAGUUAACAAUGUGGACCCCUGGGGAAGCUCAGCUGUGACACCCCCCAGUGUCGACCCCUGGGGCCCAACAUUGCCACCCAGCACCUCCUCCUCAGGGGGGCCUGUAGACCCCUGGGCAAAGGAUGGGGCAGUCCCUGCCUCUGACCCAAUCACCUCUGACCUCUGGAGUGGCACCAGCAAACACAUUAACGGCACAGGAGACGCGGAGCGACGAGAGUCGUCAGCGACGGGCUGCAACAGCACCAGCUCCCCCGUGCCCUUUGACCUGUCCUCCCUCGGCUCCUCCCUGCCGGUUCGCAAGACACCCGAGUCCUUCCUCGGACCCAACGCGGCUCUGGUGGAUCUGGACUCGCUGGUGUCGUCCAAGCCUAAACCCAAACAGCCGCCACCUCCUUCCAUCUCGUCGUCGGCAGCGCACAACCCCUUCCUCCAGAACACAGGUUCCUCCCCUGCCCCCGGCAUGGCCGUGACCCCGGGAAGUACCAUCUCCAGCCGGGGCGUUUCCCCAACACCGGCCUCCUCCAACCCUUUCAGCGUGGCACCCGCCAUGACCUCCAUUUCACCUCAGCCCUCAUCACUCGGCCUGAGCGGCCUUCGCACCAGCCCCGUGCCCCCCAAUCCAAUGCUGGGCAUGGUGCCACCCGGAAUGGGCCUCGGCCCCAUGGCCGUGGGCAUGGGCGCGCCGGGAUUGGGACUGGGCAUGAUGCAGGCCAGCCCCAUGGGGAUGAGCUACAGCGGGCUCUCCCCCAUGGCGCCGCCCGGAUCAACUAUGCUGGGCCCCGGAGGGGCGGCGCCCCCUCAGCUGAUUUUGGGCGCAGGAGGGAUGAUGGGAGCGGGAGGACCCGUGGGAGGACCCGUGGGAGGCGCGGGAACAACAGCGGGAGCGAGCACCAAUCCUUUUCUUCUUUGAGGGCGUGUCACCACUCACCUGUCAUACCUGCUGCUCCCUUUUAAACACACACACACACACACACACACACUGCUUUACUUCACCUUGUCUAAACGCAUUUCAACAAUUCCCCACAAAUAAGAGAUCUAUUUAUUUUCUUCAUGUUUCUUUUUGAUGCUGGAAGGAGAUGCUCAUGUCACACCUCCUCUUCCUCCUCCUCCUCCUCCUCCUCCUCUCCCUCCUCCAAUGAAGACAAACACUCGAUACUGGAAAUGAAAAGAGUGCAUGAAGAAUGAUUUUUUUUCUUUUUUUUAAACACACCGAUGGACUGAAAAUGAAUCUAUUUCACUUAAUUUAAAGAUAAUUUAUUACUUAGACUGAAAUGUGACCAUGCCAUAUAUCAGUACAUCAAAACACUGCUUUCCUAAUUAUUAUGGAAUCUGGAAAACAAAAACAAAAAAAAGUGGCGUCGUGUCUGGAGAUGACGAGUAUGAAAUAUUUCAAAUGCCUUUUUGUGUCUCCACGUCUCCUUUUUUUUCUUGUGUUCCAUCUUGAAAUUUCAUCCGUUCAUGUUUUGAACCUGUGCUAUUCUUAUUAAUAUUCAUACUUGGCAAUGUUUGAAAAGAGCUAUGAUUCUAAUCAUAAGGGUUGGAGUCCACAUCAUUUCACAUCUAGCAGGGCUGCACUGUCCUUGCGUUUCUUCUGUGUCGCAGGGAUUUCAAAAAAAGAGCUAGAAAGAAUGAGGAAGAAGACACAACAUGCUCCAUGCUCUUCUUUUUCAUUUACAAAUUUAUUUUAUAUCAAGAAAAAAUAUAUAUAUCUAUAUAUAUAUAUAUAUAUAUACGGGGUCAAGUUUUGUGUGGUGUUGCCUGUGAACAUUCACAUUUGAAAAUGGAGAAAAAUCAUUUCAAAUUUAUGAAUUAAAACAAAAAAAAAACGGCAGACAGGAUGGGAUAACGGCUGCUUUCAUGCUUGUGCUGUACUUUUAUUGUCUUUAUCCCAUUGCAAUUUUUACUGCUGCAGAGUACAAUAAUGUGACAAGAAUAAAUGUAUAUUUUAUUUUCCUUGAUGACAUUGCUUUUUAAAUGUCACACCAUAACGCCAGCAAACACAAUUCAACAAGUACAAUGUUGAUGUGGAACAGGGGUGUCCAAACUUUUUCCAAUGAAUACUGACUGGAUGCAACUUUGCCACUUUGACAUUUUGUAAAGCAACGCAUGUAGAUAUGCUGAGAAGUUCUAUACAGCUCAACUUUGUCUUAUAUGUGAACAAACACGAUCACCUUUGCUCUUUUUUUCCCCCAAUUUUUGCUGUUUUUUCCUGAAAAUGUUUAAACUCUUUAAAUCUUCAUACAUUUUCUUCCCAUAAUAUUAUACUUUGUUCCCACAUUUUUUUAAACUUUAUUCCCAUGAUAUAACUUUUACCCAGCCUAAUUUUCCAAAAAUGACAACAGAAUCAAAUUUGAAAAAACUACUUUGUUUCUCAUAUUACAACUUUAAACAAUAUUUUUUGUUUAAUAUUUCUGCUGUAUGCUACUGAAAUUAAUUUCUCAUUUUACAAGCUUAUUCUCAUAAAAUUACGCCUUUUCUUGUUUGAUUUAAAAAAAAAACUUUAUUCCUAAUACUGUAUUUUGGCGUUAUUUUCAUACAUUUACAGCCAUGUUUGCAAUUGUUUUUGUUUUUUUUUUAAUUUUGCAACUUUCAACUUUAAUUUUGUAAAUAUUGACUUUAUUCACAUAAUAUUUUGACUUUAUUUUUAUAACUUUUAUCACUUUUUCCCAAAAAUUACAACCUUAUUCUUUUUUUUGUAAUAUUCUUUUUUUUUUUUUUUAAAUAAGUCUUUUUUUCUUUAAUAUUUCAACUUUCUGGUACUAAAAUGACGUUUCCUCAUAAUACUAUGUUAUAUAUUAUGUUAUCCUUGUAAAAAUGACUUUUUUUCUGUUCGAUUCCAAUUUUUUUAUCUCGAUAUUUUGACUUCAUUUGUGAAAGAUAACUGCUGAUUUUUUCAUUUUUGCUGUUUUGUAAUUUUUUUUGGAAUGUGCGGCAGGCUACCGAUGGCCCCCAGGCCGCACUUUGGAAACCCCUGAUGUGGUAGAAUGGGUUCCUCCGUCAGACCAGCAGAGAAUCCCAGUCAAAGUCGUCCUGGAUCUCCUCACUGUUGCUGUGGAGGCUCUUGAAAGGAGGACGUUGUCGUGGUGUGGUAGCGGGAGGCUGUAUCCCACCUGUGAGGCGCACAAAACCUCUUAAAAUUCUUUUGCACGAUUAGAUGCAACUGGGGCAGUACCCCUCCACAUCCAGCAGAUGGUGCUGUGUUCACACUUAUGUUCAUACUUGUGUUCACACCAAGUAAGAUUUGUUAUUUAUAAAUGGAAUAUUUUUGUAGUUGUCAUGGAAAACCUGUUUACCAUCUUCUAGAUACACUUUUUUUUUUUAAACAUUAUUAGAGCCCUCUAAACAUGAAAUAACACCCCUAGAGUCACCUUUACACUUCUAUUACACAAUAUAGUAGACAAGACAAAAUAAGACAUAGAAAACCUGUUUACGACCUUCUAAACACACUAACAUUAUUAGAGCCCUCUCGACAUUAAAUAACACCCCCAUAGUCAGCUUUACACCCCUAUUAUCCAAAAUAGUAGACAUAAUCAAAGAAAAGACAUAGAAAACCUGUUUACCACCUUUUAAAUACAUUUUUUAACAUUAUUAGAGCCCUCUAGACAUGAAAUAACACUCUGUCACCUUUACACUCAUUACCCAAUAUAUUAGCCACAAUAAGAGUAAAUGAGACAUAAUAGCUGACGACUCACACGUUAACAGUGGGGGAGUUCCUUGUUCUGUUUUUUUCUAACCUAUAAUCCGCAAGGCAUGUUGGGUAACUUCUUGUUGGGAAAUGCCAUUAAUAAAUACAUUCUUGAAAUAUUUCACUCUUUGCAUGUAAGCGUUCAGCUUUUUGAAAUACUGUACCAUUGAAUGAUCACAAGUGAACUUUUCAAAUUCUAAAAUACAGUAGAAAUUUUAAAAAGUGGAAAAAAAACUGAUAUCAACUUCACUCUUUGCUCUUUUUCCCCCCAUUUCUGUUUAUAUAUUUGUUGAAAUAUUUUAAAUAAUCUUCAUAAAUUUUACUCUCAUAAUAUACAUUUUGUCCCAUAGUAUUUUGACUUUAUUCUCAUAAUAGUACAACUUUUUCCCCAACCUAAUUUUCCAAAAAUUAUAACUUUAUUUUGUUUUGUUUGUUUCUCAUAAUAUUACAAAAAAUGUUUUUCUUUCCUAUUCCAAGUCUAUGCUCCUAAAAUGACAGGUACGGUACAUGUUAUAUGCAUAAAUGUGUAGCUAAUGAGUAAUAUUAGCACAUGAAAGACUACUGUAAUGCCAUGUUUUUCUUACCAGCUGUGUUUGCAGGCUGCGUCUGCAGGGGCCGAUGAGGGUUGUGCCCGUGCGAGUGCAGAGGCCUGCGGGGUAAAGGCGCCCAGGUGGCGGGGGCGUAGUGGAAGGACGUGGGCUGGGUGAGAGACGACGACGGCGGCGGCAGAGGAUUGGAGAUGUGAUGCGCUGCGAGGGCCAGCGGGGAGUUACUUCCUGGUGUGAUCAUGCCUUUCUGAGCGAAGAAGCGGUUGAGGGAGUCGCAGAGGGACGUGAAGAGGGCCGGGUCCAGCGCCCAGUCGCACAGCUCCGCUUGGCGCAUGCUCUCAAGCAGGUCUGGAGGCACAAAGUAUGGUAAGAAACCUUAGUAGUAUGCACAGUACAGUACAUAGGAGUACAAAGGGAAGGCUUGUUUUCCUCAUUGCGCCCAGUCGGGUAUGAACUUAUGAAUUUAAAAAAAAAAAAAAAAAAAACAUUAAAUAAAAUAAAUAAGAAAUAAAAGUUACAAAAAAAACACGACACCAAAUUUAAUUAAAUGUACAUCUAAAAAAUAAAAUUAAAGUAAAAAAAAACAUUACAUCAAACUGAAUUAAAUAUAAAGUAAAAAAAAUAAAACCACUGAAUAAAAGAAAUAGUAAAUACGUUAUUUAAAAAUUAAUCUAAAAAUUGAAUUAAAUAUAAAUUAAUAAAAUAAACAAAACAACACAAAAUAAAAUAAAAGUUAAAAAAAAAACUAAAAUGAAAGACAUGACAUCAAACUAAAUUAAAUAUAAAGUGAAAAAUAAAACAACACUGAAUAAAACUGAAUAAAACUUAACUUAAAUAAUAAUAAAAUAAAAUCAAUAAUAAUAAAAAAUAUGGAUGAACUCAUCUAAACAAACAAAAAGAUGGAAUAAAACAGAAUCAAAUUUGAAAAAAUGGAUUACAAUAAAAUAAUACUAUUCAAAAAUUUAAAAAACAAGUCAAAUAAAUUACAAAAACAAACUAAACUAAAUAAAAUAAAAAAACAGAAUAAAACUGAAGAAAAUACAAUAACAAAACUAAACGAAAUAAAUGUUUUAAAAAUGAUCAAAUUGAUUAAAACCAAAUAAAACAAAAACACAAAAAUAAUAAUAAAACAAUAAUGAGUAAACCAAACUAAGCAAUUAAAAACAUGGUAUUAAACUGAAUGAAAUAUGAUUUUAAAAAACAAAACAAAUUAAAACAACACUGAACAAGAUAAAUAAUGAAUAAAUAAAAUACGAAAUAAACUAAAGUAAAAAAAAAAAAAGCUAAAAGAAAAAACACUACAAUUAAAUAUAAAUUUGAAAAAAAAAGAAACAAAACAACACAAAAUAAAAUGAAAACACUAAACCAAAGUGAAUUAAAUAUAAAGUCAAAAACAAAACAAAAAUAAUAAUAAAAUAUGGAUAAACUCAUCUAAACAAACAAAAAAAUCACUGAAUAAAACAGAAUAAAAUGUCAUUGGUUUGCUAAUUGGGCAGGUUGCGCCUAAUCGGGUGUGACCUGGGUGGUCGGUGAGGUCAAUGGUUGCCCAGUCCAGGCUGCUGGCGAUGCGGAAGCUCUCCUUCAGGGAGUUGGUGUUGGCCAGCCAGUCAGCUGGCACUGCUGCCAGGAAACACAAAGAAGGGAACACCAGCAUCAUUUUUAAUGCAAUGUCAGCACUUUUCACGCCAUGCACCAAGUUUUGUCACUCUUUUCUAAAUGACACAAAAACUAUGGUACCAAUUUCUAAUAAAUGUUGUAGGCGGGGGGGUGAUGCGCCAAGAAAGUGCCGCACACACCUUCCAAAAAGUUCAGCUUUUGUCUCGUCAGACCACAGAGUAUUUUCCCAAAGGUCUUGGGGAUCAUCAAGAUGUUUGCUGGCAAAAUUGAGAUGAGCCUUAAUGUUCUUUUUGUUCAGAAGUAGUUUUGGUCUUGGAACUCUGCCAUGCAGGCCGUUUUUGCGAAGGGUGGCCCAAGCAGUUAUUAGGUUUCGGGGGCUCAUGUUUUCCACACAGGACCAUGUAGCUUUGUAAUCAUUUUUUCUCCCGUGCUGACAGGUACCGGCAGGCCAAAUGGUCAGCGGCUCUGGAGGUCGCUGAGGCAAAAAAAUUUGGACAUAGGAGGAAUUCGGAGAAGCCAUGGAGAACGACUUCCAGACGUCUUCGAAGAGAUUCUGGACCACCAUCCGCAACGUCAGGAGGGGGAAGCAGUGCGCAGUCAACACCGUUUAUGGUGGGGAUGGUGUGCUGCUGACCUUGACUUUAGAUGUUGUGGACCAGUGGAAGGAAUACUUCGAAGACCUCCACAAUCCCACCGACACGUCUUCCAAUGAGGAAGCAGUGCAUGGAGACUCUGUGGUGGGCUCUCCUAUCUCUGAGGCUGAGGUUGCUGAGGUCGUCAAAAAACUCCUCGGUGGAUGAGAUCCGCCUGGAGUUCCUUAAGGCCCUGGAUGCUGUGGCCGUGUCUUGGUUGACACGCAGCAUCGCGUGGACCUCGGGGGCAGUGCCUCUGGAGAGGAGGAUUCGCCGGAUAGUUGAGUCUCGGAUUCAGUAGGAGCAGUGUGGUUUUUGUCCUGGUCGUGGAAUUGUGGACCAGCUCUACACUCUCAGCAGGGUCCUUGAGGGUGCAUGGGAGUUUGUCCAACCAGUCUACAUGUUUUGUGGACUUGAAGAAGGCAUUCGACCGUGUUCCUUGAGGGAUUCUGUGGGGAGUGUGGGGUAUCGGACCACCUAAUUCAUGCGGCUCGUUCCCUGUAUAACCGGUGUCAGAGUUUGGUUUGCAUUGCCGGCCACAAGUCGGACUCGUUUCCCAUGAGGGUUGGACUCCGCCAGGGCUGAACUUUGUCACCGAUUCUGUUCAUUAUUUUUAUGGACAGAAUUUCUAGACGCAGCCAGGGCGUUGAGGGGUUCCGGUUUGGUGGCUGCAGGAUGGGUCUCUGCUUUUUGCAGAUGAUGUGGUCCUGUUGCCUUCGAGCCGUUACCUUCAACUCUCACUGGGUCGGUUCACAGCCGAGUGUGAAGCGGCUGGGAUGAGAAUCAGCAGUCCGAGUCCACGGUUCUCGGAAAACAACUUUACAUAUUUUCUAUCGCCAUUUAUGGGCCUGCACUAUAUGUGGAGCCCUUGGCUUUUGCCUGUGCAUUUUCCUUAUCUUCUCAUGAAUUAAUGCAUGAAUCUAAAUGACAAAAUGGGUUGGGGUUACAAGAGUCAUUUUUAAUAAUAGUAUAAAAAUAUUUUUGUUAAGUCAAUAAAAUAGAAUCAAUUGCAACAUUUUUUGUUUCUCAUGAAAUAAUGUAUGAAUCUUAAUGACCGAAAUUGGAUUAAAAGUGGGGUUACGAUCCUAGAAAACAAAUAAAUAAAUAUAAUAAUAAACAAAUACACAGAUAAACAUAAUAAUAUGAAAUAAAAUAAUGCAUGAAUUUUAAUGACAAAAUGGGUGAGGUUACAAGAGUCAUUUUUAAUAAUAGCGGACAAAUAUUUUUCGCAUAAAUGGUCAAUAAAAUAGAAUCAGUUGCAAUGUUUUUCAACAUUUUCCUUCAUUUCUCAUGAGAUUAUAUUUGCUUUCAUUCAAUUUUCAUUUACAUAAUCCAAAUAAAAAAAUAAUAAAUAAAUAUAACAAGGGGGAAGAAUAACUAAAUACAUAUAGUCGUAUAAUUGUUACAUUUUGUAUAGCCAUUGUAUAGCCAGUACCUGGAGCCAUGAAGUACUACUACUACUAUAAAGUAUGAUUGCAUGUACUGUACGUGAAGACUUACUGUAUUGUGUAAGGCGCAGUGUGUCGCUAGGAGGCGCAGGUGAUGCUACUGUGGCAUGGUGAGGAGACAUGGGUAGUAGAACCGGGGUGUGAAGUGGAGUGUUGUCAUUGGUGGACAGCGUCUGUGGAGCGAAAUCCACUGCAGAAGAAGACGUGAAGAAGUCAUCAUCCAAGGUUUGAGGCACAGAAGCGUUUGGAAGGGUACUUGCCUCCUGGGCCUUGUGGGCCUGCCCUCCCCCUCAUGCUCAUGAAGAGAGACUUAAAGGACGCGUACAGGUCGGGCAUCUCAUCGAAGGUGAAUCUGAGCGGGGGGUCGGCCGAGGCGUUGACCGAGCCCCCGGGUG